AUGAAUGUACUAUUUCUCGUCUCUGAUGAUCUACGGCCGCAAUUGGGAAUGUACAACGGACCAUCCGCCCCUUCGUCCGUGCACCCCCCGAUGCACACGCCUGCGUUGGAUGCACUUUCACAAAAAAGUCUUCUGCCAAAACGUGCGUACGUACAACAAGCUAUCUGCUCCCCCAGCAGGACAUCCUUGCUAACUGGCAGACGACCGGACACCACCCAUGUUUAUGAUUUACACACAUACUUCAGAGAUAUAGGAAGCAACUUCACAACAAUCACGCAGUAUUUCAAGAUGCAUGGAUACAGAACCAUAGGAAUAGGCAAAAUAUUUCAUCAUGGAGAGGCAUCUGGGAAUGACGACCCCAUUUCUUGGACUGAUCCGUAUUUCGUUGGAAAGCAACCAAAGGAAUACAUGCAAGACAGAAUAUCCUGGAAGGCGAUACCACAGUCCGAGUGGUCAACAAAACCAUUGCAGGACACUCAAGUAGCGGACUAUGCCAUUCAAACACUACGCGAAAUUGCUGCUAAAGGGAAAAGUGGAGAACAGCCAUUCUUUCUAGCCGUUGGAAUGAAAAAGCCUCACCUGCCAUUCGUGUUUCCUGAUACUUACCUGCAAUACUAUCCUGAAGAUUCCAUCAAGUUACCCUCCAACCCGUACGCUCCAAAAGACAUGCCAACCAUUGCGUGGUCGAAGUACGGAGAGCUCAGGAGUUUCACGGACAUCGCAGCUUUACACGCAACAGGAGCAAUCAACACUACUCUGCCCAACAAUACGGUACUUGAGUUGAGACGAGCGUACUACAGCGCAGUGUCCUACAUCGACUAUGAACUGGGAAGAGUAAUCGCCGAGCUGGAUAGUCUUGGACUCGCUAACAAUACAAUCAUCUCUUUUUGGGGAGACCACGGUUGGCAGCUGGGUGAACACGGAUAA